AUGCUCUUCAAGGACAUCUUGUCUCAGGACUGUAACAAUCUUUGCUUACAGCUAUGUACCACCAACAAGUACAACCUGGAAAUACUGAAGAGCAAAAUGAGAAGGAGGCUUCCUUUGCAAUGUAUAGAAGAUGGAAGGAAGCUUAGGCCUACCCACAAUAUUUUCAAAGACUUCCAAAUGUCCCUAGAGGAGAAUCUAAUGGUGGCCAUUCAUGAAAUUUUCCAGCAGAUGAUCCAGAUCUUCAAUCAAAACCUAGGAGAAACGGCCAGGGAUGAGAAUUCUAUGGCUGUCUUCCAGGCUGGGCUUCACCAGAAAAUUCAGCAUCUGGAAACAUGCUUGAGUGCAGAGAUGGAGAAUGGCAUCCCGUCUUCAAGGGGUUUGAAUAUGCAGCUCAUCCGGCUGAGAGUGAAAAGAUACUUCCGAAGAAUCAAUGACCUCCUGAGAAUGAAUCAGCACAGCCUGUGCCUCUUUUGA